AUGGCAUUUUUCCCCAUUCAAACUGUGUUCUUUGUGAGGAAAUGUCCCAGCUACAUGGAAUCUGGAAACCAAACUCGUAUAUCAGAAUUUAUCCUACUGGGACUUUCAGAAGAAGCAGUGCUCCAGCCUCUCCUCUUUUGGUUGUUCCUGUCCAUGUACCUGAUUACACUCAUUGGAAAUCUUCUCAUCAUCCUGGCCAUAAUCACUGACUCCCACCUCCACACCCCCAUGUAUUUCUUUCUCUCCAACCUGUCUUUCACUGACAUCUGUUUCACCUCUACCACUGUCCCAAAGAUGCUGUUGAACAUCCAGAUGCAGAGCAAAGUCAUAACCUAUGAAGGCUGCAUCUCCCAGAUAUACUUUUUCAUAGUUUUUGGAGGAUUAGACAACUUCCUCUUGACCGUGAUGGCCUAUGAUAGGUUUGUGGCCAUCUGCCACCCACUGCACUACAUGGUCAUCAUGAACCCCAAGUUCUGUGGUGUCUUGCUUUUUGCCUCCUGGUUGUUGAUUAUUCUAGAUUCUCUACUGCAUACCUUAAUGGUUUUACAACUGUCUUUUUGUACACAACUGGAAAUCCCUCACUUCUUUUGUGAACUUAAUCAGGUGAUCCAACUUGCUUGUUCUGACACUUUCCUCAGUGAGUUAGUCCUGUACUUUACUACUGGAAUUUUAGGUGGAAUUCCAGUCAGUGCCAUCUUCUUCUCUUACUCUAAGAUUGUAACCUCCAUUUUGAGAAUCUCAUCAGCUAGUGGCAAGUAUAAAGCCUUUUCCACUUGUGGGUCUCACCUCUCAGUUGUCUCCUUGUUCUAUGGCACAGCCUUUGGAGUUUAUCUCAGUUCUGCUGCUACUGAAAACCCCAGAGACAGUGCAAUAGCCUCGGUGAUGUACACUGUGGUCACCCCCAUGCUGAACCCUUUUAUCUACAGUCUGAGAAACAAGGAUAUAAAGCAGGCCCUAGUUAAACUCUUCAGCUGA